GUUUGCGAUAAACUUUUAAAGUAAGUUAUUUUGUAAAUAUAUUUGAAGAUUUAAAAGACAAUUCAAGUUUUGUAUAAUGUCGGAUGAUGAGAGAGAAUACAGGCGUAGGGAUAAAUUCUUUACUGAAAGAAGAGGUCAACUCAGGGAAAAGGAAGAGAUUCCUGUCUGGAGAACAAGACUGCCCCCUCCUGUCGGUGUUCAAGGAGCACAUCAUGGACCUCCUUUCCUUUAUCGUGGACCUCCUCCCCCUCAUCCAGAGGCUAGUGGACAAGGAUAUAGAAAUAUCCCGCCUCCGAGAGUCUUCCGAGUACCUCCUCCCUCGGGGCUCCCAUACCUAGAUAGAAGGGAGGGAAGAGAAGUAAGAAAUACCAGAGUUGAACUCCAUGUAAGAGAAAACGGAGAUGAACGAGAAAUAUCUCCGAAAUUACCAAAUGUGCCUUCAAACAAACGAAGGUAUCCUGAUGAAUGUGAUGUGAAGGGUCUUGAACCUAGCAGAAAGAUUCCAAGAGUGUUGGACACCGAGGGAAAAGAUGGAUUUCAGCCUGUGAUGAUGUCAUUUAAAGCAUUUCUAGAAACACAGGAUGACAAUAUAACGGAUGAUGAGUCCCUGGUGAAGUUUGCCGAGUACAAAUCUGAAUUUAAACGUCAACAGUUGAACCAAUUCUUCGUACUACACAGAGAUGAAGAAUGGUUUCAACUAAAAUACCAUCCAGAGAUAAAUCAGAACAAUAGGAAUGCUGCUAUGAAGAAUAUACAGAAAAGACUUGAUGUAUUCUUGGAGAUGGAGAAAACUGGUUUAUUUGAUGAUUUAUCAUUAGAUGAGGAACAUGAGACACAAAUUAUUGAACUUCUGGAUAUAUUCGUGCUAAAGCUUGAGAAUGCCUCUCAGGAAGAGAUCGAUAAAUGGAGGCAGAGCUCAGAAAAUGAAAAAAUGACAGAAACACUGCGAACCCCGCGGACAAGCAGUAUUUUCUUGAAAACUCUUCAUCCAAGUGUAACCAAGAGUGAACUUGAGAGGGUUUGUGGCAAAUAUCCAGGGUUUUUAAGAAUUUCUAUUUCCGAACCUGCCGCAGAAAAAAAUUGGUUUCGCAGAGCAUGGUUAACUUACCGCAGACAUUCUAAGGUGAAGGAAAUCUGUUUCAACCUAAACAAUCUGCGUAUAAAGGACGGAGAGCUUGGUCCUGUUGUAAACAAAGAUCUGUCCAAGCGUGUACGGUGUGUACCUCAGUUUGUUCGAGACAAAGAGGUUAUGAAGCAUGAUACGUCAAUGGUGACUAAACUGAUCUCUUCUCUAGACGCUAGAUGGAAACUGUGGCAGGAUACAGCAAAUAUAAACACAACAACGAAUCCACUUCUAGCUGAUGUGCAUGACUUCUUAGUUGAAGAGGUGAGUGCUGAGGAGGAGGAACUACUGGGUAAAGAUUUCUGUAAGACAGAGAAGGAUCCUAAAACAGCUCGACCUGUUCAACACGAUCAACAUCUUACCAAAACUCUCGAUAAGCUCAUACUGUACAUCAGAUUUGUACACAGCAUCGAUUUCUACAACAGAACCGAAUAUGUAAAUGAAGACGACAUGCCAAACAGAUGUGGAAUUCUACAUGUCAGGGGCACUACAGAUGACUCUACCGUCUCAGAAGAACAAAUCGAAAAAUAUAAUAAUGAAACCAACAAGAAAUUUGAAAUUUUGCUGCGAAACAAGUCUGAAGUAUCGGACGAUGAAGUACAAAAGUUAGGUUUAAAAAAUGAGACCGACGAAGUGGAAAAAUUUGUUCUUGCCAACUGCCAAGAACUAGGUAAAGACAAAUGGCUUUGUCCCCUCUCUGGAAAGAAGUUUAAAGCUCCAGAUUUUGUAAGAAAACAUAUUUUUAACAAGUUUUCUGACCUCGUAAAGGAAGUAAAGAUUGAAACUGAGUUCUUCAACAAAUAUCUUCGUGAUCCAGCCCGGCCUGAGCUUCCUAUACAAAUAUCGAAACCUAAACCUAAAGCUGAGAAGCAAGUAUCUCCAAUGACGCCGCGGUUACCGGUCAAGGCUAGACUUGGUGUACCUGGACUACCAAUAGGACCUCAUGGAGUUAAGAUUACACAUGCUAGCAGAGAUCCUCGAGAGAUCGUGGAUUACAGCGAUGUUGAUCUUUCCAGCGCAUUUGAUCUCUUAUAAACUUGUUUUAGUCAGGCUGAAGAAAUUUAAGAAUGAUCUCUAAUUUGGGUCUAUAUCAUUUACUGAAAAAACAUGGAGCUUAGAACCAAGUUCAUCUAAGUGUAAUUUUAAGAUGAGUUAAACUUUCAAAUUGCUACCAAAAUUGGGCUAAAUUCUACAUGUAACAUUAAAGUUUCCUCUCAAAUCCAGGUUUUAUUUAUUUGGGCUUUCCUCUUUUAGAUAAAAAUAAAAAAAUUGUCCACAGUUUUGCAUUUUUAAUAUUCUUAAAGUUAAGGUUAAAAUCCCUGAGGCACAAUUUUAUUUGGGCCCAAAAAUAUCGCUUUGAACCAAAUCCAAAUCAAAAGUAUACAUUACAAACAAGUUUUGAAUUUAUUCAUCAUGAAGCAUCAAAUUGAUUUAAAGUUUGCAAGCCCUCACGCAAAAAUCGAUGAGAAUUUAGCCAAUUACAUCUUAGAAAUUUAAGCGUUGCGACACUUUAAAGUUAAACCAGUCUUAAGAGUUGAUGCAACUUUUUAAAGCAGUUUGGAUCUCUGUGGGUAAAAAACGAUAUUAUUAUGUAAUUAACUAAACACCAAAAACAGUCAUUUAUGUGCAUUUUUGUAAUCCUGCAUUUGUUGUCAAAAUUAGUAAAUAAACAGUGUGUUGUUACAAAAUUCUGUGCUAAAUUAAUUAAAUGUAAUAGGUCGAACUCGACCAAUGUUUUGUAAUUUAAAGGCGUAAAAAUAUGUAGUUGUAAACACCUCUAGUUUAUUUGAAACUUAAA